CGCGGCUCCGCGGGAUAGCGCGGGGUGCCGCGCACCUUCCGCGGGCCGCCCCGUGCCGGCAGAGGCUGGAGCGGCAGGGCUUGUCUAACACUACCUUGAGCCAAAUUCCUAGACUGGCUGGUGCUUUCUCAUGGGAUCCCUGUGACUGACAAAGGAGAGAUUGUUGUGACUGCUCUGCAAUGACUACAGCAAGAUAUAGGCCUACCUGGGACUUGGUACUUGACCCAUUAGUGUCCUGCAAGCUCUGCCUUGGUGAAUAUCCUGUGGAGCAGAUGACAACAAUAGCACAAUGCCAAUGCAUCUUCUGUACCCUGUGCCUAAAACAGUAUGUGGAACUUUUGAUCAAAGAAGGUCUAGAAACAGCAAUCAGCUGCCCUGAUGCUGCCUGCCCAAAGCGAGGUCAUCUGCAAGAAAAUGAGAUUGAGUGCAUGGUUGCAUCAGAAAUCAUGCAAAGGUAUAAGAAGCUACAGUUUGAAAGAGAAGUGCUUUUGGAUCCGUGUCGGACCUGGUGUCCAUCCUCUACUUGCCAGGCAGUUUGCCAGCUCCAGGAAUCAAGCCCACAGGACCCCCAGCUGGUCCAGUGCAAAGCCUGUGACAUUGAGUUCUGCUCUGCUUGCAAAUCUAAUUGGCAUCCAGGUCAAGGCUGUCAAGAGAACAUGCCAAUCUCUUUUCUUCCAGGAGAAACAAGUUCAGUUUUUAAAAUGGAAGAAGAUGAUGCUCCAAUCAAACGCUGUCCAAAGUGUAAAGUUUACAUUGAACGAGAUGAAGGCUGUGCCCAAAUGAUGUGUAAGAACUGCAAACAUGCCUUUUGCUGGUACUGUCUGGAAUCUCUUGAUGAUGAUUUUCUCCUUAUACAUUACGACAAAGGACCUUGUCGAAACAAGCUGGGACACUCCAGGGCGUCUGUUAUCUGGCACAGAACACAGGUGGUAGGAAUUUUUGCAGGAUUUGGUCUUCUACUUUUGGUGGCCUCCCCUUUCCUUCUACUUGCUACACCAUUUGUUCUGUGCUGCAAGUGCAAAUGUAAUAAAGGAGAUGAUGACCCUCUACCUACCUAGACUGGGAGAAGAUUGGACUCAUCACAUGUGUUUUGAUUUUAUUGUCGCUGUUGAUGUUUCCCUCUUGCACUUACAUUGCUCUAGCCUUACUUGCCCCGUCCUGCUUUUCAUUGACACACAGUCUUGGUUCCAGGAACUGUUGUUACUACUGUUGCAUAGAUCAAUUGAUAAUAGACAAGGAGGGUAAUGGAAGGCAAGUUUGGUGCUAAAGGGAGACCAUGGACCUGGGUAGCUAUCUGAAAUGAAGCGGUGAUACUGCUAAAAAUAAUGCAAAAAGCUUCUGCUGCCCUGCUGGUGGACUGGGAACUGUACUGAAUGACAUCAGCAAAACAAGCUGAAAAUGCGUACAAAUCUAAACUUCUGCAUACCUGUUCGCUUCCAAAUUUGGUGUCUUAUUCCUGUAUAUAUUUAAGUUGCCUAUCAUUUAAAUCAGAUAGUCAACUUAGUGUGACUUUACCAUGUUUAUUACGCAUCUGUUUUUGUUAAAGCCAUCACAAUGUACUUUUUAGUACCUAUUUUUCUGAGUAUAACAAAAUCAGUAAGGUGCAUAUAGGCCAUCCUAUGCCUUUUUUGAAAUUUGGGGAGGGUUAGAGGGACAAAGUUGGUCCUGUUGCCUUCCAGAAAUUUUUUGAAGUCUUAUAAGAAAUCUGUUUGACUGAAAGCUACAUUUUAAAAAUGAAUUGAUGAAGCUGUAAGGUUGAGUGGUGACACAAACCUGCUAUCUAAUCAAGGUUCUUUUAAAAAUGCAUUGAUGGUAUUGAUUACCGCUGGACCACUAGUGUUUUUCUGAAUUGUUAUUUUUUGCUGUUGUUUAGGAUUCUGCUACACUUACAGGGCUACGUAACUUCUAAUCCAGGUAUCUUAAUCUUUUUAUAUAGAGAGACAUAUAUAUAAUCCUAUUUAAACCAAAUGUGUAAAUAGCUGUGCUAUUGAAAUAUUUUGGAAGUUCAAGAUAGCUUGCUUCUGUCUUUAGGGCAAUUAUUAAAAAAUACAGGACUAACUUUACUAUUUAGCAGACUCUUGGGUUAUCAAUGAAUCUUUCCUUUUAAGUAUAAAAAUACAUCAGGGUUAUCCCUAUAGUUAAUAAUAAAAAUGCCUGGGAUAUUUGUAGAAGUUGUACUUUACAUUUAAACUGCUUAGCCCAUUUUCAGAGUUAAUAUCGUAUGAUGUAUGGUGUAUGCUGUUAAUAAUAAUACUGUGACGAAACAAGUUUUUAUUUGAAAAACAAUCACUGUUUGAUAGUUUUGUGGAAUUCACAGUGCUGUGAUUCCAGGGUAGCAAAGCGUGCUGGUCAACAUACUAUUAAUCAUUGUAGUUUCUCUUUAGAAAUAUUUUGUUGAAAACCAUUUUGCUCUGAUUUUAAAGCCUACAAGAAUUUGACUAAUAACUUCUUGCCAUGAAAUAUAAAGCACCUGAAACAGUAUGUAUGUCUGUGUGUAGUACUGAAGGAAAACAUUCUUUUGAAUGGCUUCUGGACUGAAGUUUGACUGCGUUUUUUUAAUCAUCAUUUAUUUCUGUGCAUUAUCAAUGUACUGAGAUGGAUGAAUAUAUUGAAGCCAGGAUAACUUUGCACUGAAAAUGUAUUAAGACCCUUAAAUGCAACUGCUUCUGGCUGCUGUCACAGGCUGAGAAUAUGUUUUCAUAGCUCAAGCAUAAGGAAAUUGCUCCUUUCUUUAUUAUCUUUUGUUUUACACUGUCUAUCUUUUAAAUAAAAAGACUGUAGGGUACAAUUUUGAAAAGGGCCACUGUCUUUUUAUAAAACUACUCUUGAAUUUCUUCUCCUCCCCCUUCUUCCAAGUCUAAUGGUAUCCAAAUUCAAACUGUAUCUAACCACAGAUUUUAGCUCCGGGAGCUGGAGGUUAUCUGCAAUUCGCUUAUUUGGCUUGAUUUUAGUGAGUUCAGCCAUUGUAAUGUGAAGAAAAAGGACAGCUGGUUUCCAGCAAGUCUGAACUUCUUGUGAUAUCUUCAGAUUGUUUGGCAAUGCACAGUUCAGAUCUUUUGUUAUCAGAGUAUUUUCAGUAUUUUAGCUGUCUUUGUAAUUAAAAAUUGCUUAGUUGUUCAAAAAUAUCUGUAGGAAAGUCUGAGUAGUGCAUUCGAUCACUGUUUGCCAGCCCCCAAGGGAUGUGUGAAGCACUGCUGAGUUCAGCGGGCAGUGAAGUGGUUAUCUCACUCUGGCUCUGGCAGCAGCUCAGUCCAUCUCCCCAGAGGUACCCUAAGCCAAGCACCUGGGUUGUCCUGAGUCCUAGCUUCAGUGUACAGAAGUAAUGGAAACCCUUCUGUGAAGGACAGCUUCCUGCAGGUAAGCUUGAACUAUGGCCUUUCAUCCUUGGCCCUGUAAUUCUAUUUAACUGGAGGAAAAAAAACUGGACAGCAGGAUGUAAAGAUUUCAUGGGUUGUUAAUUUUCUAAUUGGGAGCACUAAGGGAUUUUGCUGUAUGUGGCAGUGGCUCUAAUGACUGAUUCUACUACUGGGAUGAUAGUAAACAGCAGAGGUGCAGUGGUCUGUUAGCAGUAUCGGAGUGUCCUGGUAUGAGGUUUAUUUUCUCUGUGCCUUUCUUAGAGACAGCCUUUAUGUGGCAAUAUAGCAAAACUUGAGUUUUCCAUGGUACUGUGUGGCCAGUUAAUAAUCAAUGUCAAAAUUAAUGCAUAUCCAGAUUUAAAAGAAAAAGGAAAGAAAAAUAAGUCCUUUACAAAUACAGACAUUUUUAAAUGAUAGUUUAUAAUUGAUGCUCACAGGUAACAUUAUAUAUAAUCAAAAAACUGUUUACUUCUGUCGGUAUAUCUCUGUGUCUGAUCUCAACAUACUUGAAUUGCUACUGGAGAUUUUUAUGACAUAUCUCGUUUCACAUCCUGGCUGUUGGGAUAGACUAUAUGCCUACAUAUAUUUACCAAAUACCUAAUCCUUUCAGGUUUGCUAAAUGUCAUUCCAUCUGUACUCUUCUCGGGGAUUUUUUUGGUGUUGUUUUUGGGGUUUUUUUUUAAUUAUUUUUAAUGCUGAUUUGUUUCCAAAGUAGCAACUUCUGGCAGUGAUCUAUUGAGUUCAGGGUAUUUUAAUGUUACAGCUUAUGUUGAUAGUGUGACAUUUAAUACCCUGAAAUUGAAUUGUAAAUACAUUAUUUUAAACUCUGACAUUUAAACCCCCUGCCAUGGAAAAGUGAAUGUUUGUCUCUGCUGCUUUUCAGAUGAAAUUCUGUUACAACAGCUUUGGCUUUUUAGAUUUUCACCAGAAAAAUAAGAUUCACUGCAUGAUUUCUGUUGCGUUUUUAUGGUUAUGCUAUUAUUUAGGUUUUUUGCAUUGUCUUAAAUGCUGUUUUUAGUGGCGUUUGUAACAGUACAUCAUUUGCAUGUUCUCUUGGGGUGAAGUGGUGUCAUGUCUAGCAAGCGAGUGUGGAGUCCAGACUCCAGAGGCUUUGCAUCUCCCUAGACUUGCCAUUCAUUAGUUGGGCUGAAGUCAGUCCUGAGAGAGAUCAGUAGCACAGCCUGCACCAACUUCAAUGGUGGUAGCAUUGGGUGUUCCACACGUGACAUUGGACAAGUCACUUAUCUCCUUUUAUCUCAAUUUAACCAUCUUUUAAAUGGAUGGACCAAUGUUUACCUACCUCACAGGAGGGCUGUGAGGGCAAAUUCAUUGGUUUUGAGGCUCUUCAAGAUCCUGUGAUGAACGAUUAUAUAUAAAUGCUUACUGUAGUUUUAUGUUAAUAUUUCAAUUUUAUUCAUAUUGGCAUUCAUCCUGAAACCUCCUACAACUGACUUUAGCAUGCCAAGAAUUUGGGAUGCUUUCCCCCACAUACCAAGCAGCAUGAUCUUUUCCUCAAAUACUCCAGUUUAUGAAUUAGGCAAAAUCCCAAAUAAGAGCUGACUGGAUCAACUCUCAGCUUACCGUUGAUCUCCUGACAUGCAGAAAACACAAUCAAAAUUAGUGAAAAGCUCUCUUGUUUAUGGAGCUGACAGGAUAAAAUAUUCAUAGAUCAGAAAAAGAUGAAGUGCUUUUGAUUUAAAAUUGUUAUGGGCAGGAAAAUAAAAAUGAAGUUUUGUGCAUUUCAUCAGUAGGCCUUUUACUGUAUAGGAAUAAAUAUAUUUAAUACAGGCCGUGUUCAUCCCAGUGAGGUGCAGCAUGCAUAAAGCUUUGUGCAGGUUUGCUUUUUUAAAACCAAAGUUUGUACAUUUUACAUACAUAAUCUAAAAUCCUGAGGAAAACAGGUAGAAUACGGUUGUUGAUGACAGUGAUACUAAAGACAUCAAAAAAGCCUGCAUCAGUGCUUAAUUGCUAAUGCACUUAUACUAAGUAAGGCAUGCUGUUUGUGUUUAGAGCCCUGUGUUCUUCAUUAUUGCUUUGAUUUGUGUAUCUCUCUUAUAAGAAUUCCAUGAACAUUAGGUACAGGUACGUGGUACAAAACUGAACCUUUCUUGAUCAUUUUAUCAUGGAUGUAUUUUAAACUUGUAUAGGGAUAAGCAUGAAGGAGUCAUGCAUAUGUAUAAAUAAUGUAUUUGACCAGUGUAAAAAUAGUUCUGUUGAUGUAUUUGAAAUGUAAGUACAUUUUGUGCCACUAACACUGUGAUGUAUAAAAGAGCUGUUGAAUGCCUUUUAAUGUUGUGUUUUGUACUUUGAAUCAUAUUGAAGAGUUUAAUUUGUAAUUUCAAUAGAUAUUUUAAAUGAA